AGGACCGAUACGCGCAUGCCCGUCAUUAUCUCGUGUACUAGCUCAGUUUGCACGCCGCAGCUCAGAGCGCGGCCGCGCGCCGCCGACCGAUGCUCAACCGUCAAAUCAGUGCUCUAUCGAAAACUAAACGAGCGUUCUAUAGUGAGUGCGUUGCAUUUUCAAAUCAAGAUGAGGCGCAACGUGAAAAUUAUGUUCCUCGUAGGAACUGCUUGGAUGUUUUUCCUUUUUUACUACAUGCAGUCUGAUGCUCCACAGUCUAAGGAAGAAAACAUAGCCCUACGACUAAUAAAACAAACGAACAUCGAAGAAACAGAGAGCAGUCCAUCAGCUGACGAGCCGUACACCAGCACAGGGCGGUACUUCGACGAGGGGGGGUAUGUGGCGGGGGGCACCAAGGACUCCGACCCGUACGUGCGGAACCGUUUCAACCAGGCCGCCUCCGAUGCCCUCCCCAGCAACAGAGCCGUGCCUGAUACGCGAAAUGCUAUGUGCCGGCUAAAGAAAUACGAUGAAGAUCUCCCUCAUACCAGCGUCAUCAUCACCUUCCACAACGAAGCUCGCUCGACGCUUCUGCGUACCAUCGUCAGUGUCCUAAAUAGAAGUCCGGAACAUCUGAUCAAAGAAAUAAUUCUAGUCGAUGACUUCAGUGAUAAUCCGGAAGACGGUGCAGCGCUGCGUGCUAUCCGCAAGGUGCGCGUGAUUCGCAACAGCAAGCGCCAGGGGCUGAUGCGGUCGCGCGUGCGCGGCGCUGACGCGGCCACCGCGCCCGUGCUUACCUUCCUCGAUUCGCACGUCGAGUGCAACGCGCACUGGCUCGAGCCGCUGCUGCAGAGGAUCAAGGAGGACCCGACUCGCGUGGUGUGUCCCGUGAUCGACGUGAUAAGCAUGGACAGCUUCCAGUACAUCGGCGCCUCAGCCGACCUGCGCGGCGGGUUCGACUGGAAUCUGGUCUUCAAGUGGGAGUACCUAUCUCAUUCCGAGCGUAGCGCGCGUUUGAGCGACCCUACGCAGGUGAUCCGCACGCCUAUGAUCGCUGGCGGUCUCUUCAGCAUGGACCGCAAGUACUUCAACAAGUUGGGCAAGUACGACAUGAAGAUGGACGUGUGGGGCGGCGAGAAUUUGGAGAUAUCGUUCAGAGUGUGGCAAUGCGGUGGUUCCCUGGAGAUAGUUCCCUGCUCCCGCGUCGGCCACGUAUUCCGUAAAAGGCACCCGUAUACCUUCCCCGGUGGCUCCGGGGCCGUGUUUGCGAGGAACACCCGCCGCGCCGCCGAGGUGUGGAUGGACAACUACAAGGAACUGUACUACAGGUCGCAGCCGCUGGCCAAGCAAGUUGACUAUGGAGACAUCUCGGAGCGCGUGGCGCUGCGCACGCGGCUGCACUGCAAGCCGUUCCGCUGGUACCUGGAGCACGUGUACCCCGAGCUGCAGGUGCCCGCGCUCGCCGACGCGCCGCGCGCCGUGCGCCAGGGCGCGCGCUGCCUCGACACCAUGGGCCAUCUCAUCGACGGCACUUUAGGAAUGUAUCCUUGUCACAAUACGGGCGGCAACCAGGAGUGGCGCUUCGAGAACGGCCUCCUGCGGCACCACAGCCUGUGCGUGUCGCUGUCCCGCGCCGACCGCGUCACGGCCGUGCUGGCCGCCUGCGACCCCUCCGACUUCGCGCAGCUGUGGAGGAGGAAGGGCGCGCUCAUCACGCACGCCAAGCUCGACGCCUGCUUGGACACUGACCGACCGGCACUUUAUUUAGAAAAGUGCAACGAGGACAAACCCAGUCAACUGUUUACGUUUUAAAUGAAAGACUAGUUCGAUAUCACUGUUAGACCGAAGCGAAAUAUGUUUAAUACUUAAUUAAUAUUUUUUAGUCAAACCUAAUGCUUCAAAAUAAAAAAGAUCAAAUAUCAGUGUUCCAUAGCGUAGUACGGCGUUUUUGAGAAAAAAUAUUAAAAACCUGAUUCUCACAAAUCCUGGUGUUUUUGGGCUCAUUCUACUCAGUCAACAGCAGUGCUCCAUCCCACCAUUAGAAAAACAUGCCCCAAAAUGUCAGUUCAGUGUCUACGUCACGUUUUUAGUACGAAGAUUUUUUUCACUUGUAUGCGCGUGACGUCGUGGAAACUACAAUAUCCAUACAAAUUUUUGGGACAUGGUUUUUUAUAAUCAAUAUUGAAUCUGCUAGUGAUUCUAAGCUCAGCGAACCCAAAAACAUCAGGAUCUGUGAGAAUCAAGUUUUCAAUAUUUUUUCCCAAAAACGCCCAGUAAAGAGAACUGGGCAAAAAUAACUUCUUCGACUUAAUUUCUGUACCUACUUGGUGGAUUGUCAGAUCCACCGGUAUACCUCGUUCAAAAAUACUUGAUAAUCAUACUUAAAAUCUGAAGGUGGAGGAAAUUGUUAUCUCAUGGUGAAUCCUCAUUAUUUUACAUUACACCUACCAGGCUGUUAACAGUGCUAAAUCCGCGAUCCAAUAUCUUAUGUAGGCUUUACAUGGCUAAUUAUUGUUAAGUAGGUAAAUAAGAAGCUUGAUAUAACUAAAAGACAGUUUUGCUUUAAAGCCUUUAUUAUUAGUUAUUCCUUCAAGAUAUGGAUGCCCCUUUUUGGCGUUUAGUUUUAAGAAAGUUGCUGUGAUUAAUUAAGAAUCUACAUGUAAAAAGACUAUGAAUCUUCUUAUAAGAAGCCCUAUACUGUACGAUGUCAUCAAAUUGAUAAUCAUAUUAAUCAUCACAUACCUAUAACUAUAUUAUCACAUCACGGCAACUUAUACAAAGUAUUUAAAUAGAUUAAUGUAAGAUACCUGAUUUGAAUUUUUGAAAUUCUCAAUUCGAAAUGAAGGGAAGGGAUUAUACACAUUUAAUUUAUCACAAUUUCGAGAAACAUGGCGGUUUACUUUUACAUUUCCAGAACACUUACUUUAAUUUAUACUUACUUGGCUGUCAUUUUGACAUGAGUCUUGUUAAAUUUAAACAAGAAAACAUUAACAGUCAAUAAUGAAAGUGAAACUGAAUAUGAUUUUAGAACAAUUUGUUUUUAAUGUUAUAGUAAAUUACCUACGUACGACUCUACAACGUGUAACAGUUAAGACUCACUUAAUAAUCUUAUGAAGUGAUUGAAUGAAUGAUUUGCGACUAAGUAAGUACAUUAAUAAUAGUAGUUACCAUAAAUUUGUAAAUAUGUGAUUAUUAUAAGUGCCGGGAAAGUGGAAUGUGGAUAUUAUGUAAUGAAGGAUUUUGUAAACAGUUGCAUUAUAUUAGAUGUAAAACUGUAACUCCUAGGAUAUUUUAGUUGAAGCAAUACAGUUAGGUUUAUUAUUAUUUGAGAAAAUGAUUAAAGUAUGGCCUACAUUUAUUUAGACUUAACAAGAGCAAACUAGUAAUUGUUACGUAUUUCAAUUCUAUUUCAAUACUCGUUCGUUUUAAGACAAAAAUGUGUAGGUAUGUAUAUUUAUGAUAGAAGAAAUAAUUUAUUGUUUUUUUUAUUGCUUUUAAGUAUUUAAGCAUUGUAAUUGUAUUUGUUUAGGAAAUUAUGACUCUUUCUUCCCUUGCAUGUUUAUUAGUAUAUGUACACCUUUUCAAAUAUAUAUUACUUUAAUCGUUUAUUUUUUGCGAUUACUUCUUAUACAUAUUUAUGUAUGUAUAGUACCUAAACAUUAUUGAUCAUAUUUAUAGUGUGUCAAGAUUCAGAAGACUUUUAUGGCAAAUCCAGCUUGGAAUUUAGGUACUUUCAUAGCCAGAACAAUUUACUUAAUAUGUAUUUGUGUCGUGUUCAAGUGUACUACAUUGUCGCUUGCCAUAAAGACGCUCUGACAGGUUUUUCGUAUAAAGAUACAAGCAAUUUUCGUCCUUAUGGUAAGCGACAAUGUGGUACCUUUUGAUUGAAAACGUCACAUUUAUUUCCUUAAUAUUUGGAGCAAAUCUUGUUUAAUGGGUACCGUCAGGUCCUGAAGCGAACAAAAGAUUAUUGUCAAGGUAAAAAAGCGAACAGAUAACGUGGAACAUGUUUGUUAUGAUUCGUAGUUGCUUUUACUGCUGACAUUCAGUCACAAAAAUCGGUUUUCUAAUAAAUGGCGUACCAUUGAAACGAAUAUGAAUAAUUUUAUCACACUUUCACUGCCAGUAAGUAGAAUCUUUAGUAAUACACUAACUGUAGGCAUUUUGCCUCUUAUAUGUGCCUAGAAGAUUAUAUGUAUGUCACAAAAUAUAAUAUUUCGUACUGUAAAUUGAUUAAAGACUCCGUCUAAGCUAACUCUACACUGACUGACAGAACAGUGUGUGUGAAGUGCAAAGAGUAUAGUAAGUGUAUGUGGUGUUAGUGUCAUUCUAAACGUAAUUUUUCAUAAAAAAUUGACAUUUAUGAUAACAUUUUCACACUAAGUUACUGUAAAUGCCAUGCGGAGUUAGAUUAGACUGUAAUAGUUUAAAAUGUAAGAUAUUGUGAUAUAGGAUGAAGAUAACAUUAAUGACGGAGCGAAAUGGCGUCAUCAGUAAAACCCUGCUGUUUAGAACCCUACCAGGACACGGUCAUCUUGAUAACAACUACACGUAAUAUUCCCGCUUGUCAUUACAUUUGAAGGUUUUAAAAUAAUCUUUUGUGUUGUUCUCAUUAGCGAUAUUAGUUAGGGCGGGCUAAGUGGUCAUUAUCGGCAACCGCUAUCUAAGUCACCUCAGAUUCGCAGAUGACAUAGUCCUCUUCGCAGAAAGCAGCAAAAAUCUGGAAAAAAUGAUAAAUCAACUAAGUGACCAAAUCAAAAAAGUAGGUCUUUCGAUGAACAAAGACAAAACAAAGCUAAUGACCAACAGCUCCGCAUAUAUAACAAAACUCGAAGGAGAGACACUAGAAUACGUAAAUAAAUACAUAUAUUUAGGAAAAGAAAUAUCCUUCGAUAAAGAUAACGAAAAACAAGAGGUAGACUGCCGAAUAAAUACUGGUCCCUGAAAGAAAUAACAAAAGGUGACUAUCCGCUCCACCUAAAAAAAACAGUAAUGGAUACAUGUAUUCUACCGACCCGGUCAAACGUUGACCUACAACAACAGAAUAAAAACAAAACUAGUGAACUGCCAGAAAGCGAUGGAGAGAAGCCUUUUAAAAAUAAGGAAAAUUCACAAAAUAAGAAGCGAAUCCAUACGGAAGAAGACAAAAUUAAUUGACGCCCUACACUACUGUCUACGUUUAAAAUGGCGAUGGGCUGGCCAUGUAGCACGCUACAACGAUAAGCGAUGGACAGCAGAAAUAACUAGAUGGAAAGGUCCCAGUGGAAAAAGACGACAAGCACGACUAAGCGAUGGAGCGAUGACAUCAUAGCUACAGCUGGAAAAGAGUGGAUAAACCAAGCAAAAGACAGAGAAAACUGGAUAAAACUGGAGGAGGCCUAUACCCAGACAGGGGUUCCUAUCCAAGAAAAUGAUGAUGAAACAAAUAAAUAUUAAAGCAAAUAACCUGAGAUGGGAAAUGAAACUGCUUAAUAAUAAUAAUAAUAAGUGGCCCUUGCGGUAGGGACAUCUCGGACGUCUAUGUAACAAAAAGCGAUCACUUUCACGCAAGUUAUUUCCAAUAUUCUUAGUAAGCCGUUGGUAACCGAUUUAACUUAUUACUUGUUGAUUAUCGUUUUAUUAACAAACAUCUUGCGAGACAGGAUUUUUUCAUUUUAUUUUGUUUAAGUAUCUUUCUUCGUUGUUAUUUACAAACAUUCCAUUAUUCUUUCCGUCCUAAGUCCUUAUUAUUUCAAUGAGUAAAUUGACUACGACGCCUAAGCUAGCUACUUUAAAUGGCUAUAUUUUGUUGGAAAUAGCCCUAAUGUAGGCAUUUUUAAUAUUAUAGUUUUAGUGACACGAAUGUUUAUAAAUGCUUAUUUAGGUAUCGUUUUAGAUAAAAAUAUAAUUAUGAUUAAACAGUACUGAACCAGUGCUGGUAUCUCUUCCAAAAUGAUUUACUUGUUAUACUCAUCCUACUCGUAAAAAUCAUGACUUUGGUAAACAGUUGUUUGUAUUUUAUCAUGAGGGGUUUUGUGAAUCUUUAAAUAAAAUGUAUGUAUGAUAACUACAUACUCUACCUACUAAGUAAGUAGUGAUAGUUGCGUAAGAAAAUUCACGAUGUUCACUAUAAAGGCACCUAGAGCACAAAGUAGAGAUUAUCGAAACAAAGUUAGAAAAAUCUUUUAUACAUGCGAUUGUUUUUUUUUUACGAAUUGUUAAAUAGCGGCAAUAAUGCCCUAGUCAAACAUUGUUAAAAUUAUUUUAAUUAUUUGCGAGAUUUAUGUUCAAGAAAUGUGUGAUUUUAUUUUUAGUGAGAGAUUAUUGCAUAUAUAAAUUAAAAAAACGUAUGAU